AUGGUUGUGACGGAGUGGCGCUCACAAAUUGCGAUUACCAACAAGAAAGAGCAGCCAUAUUUGCUUGUAUCUCGCGUGACUUCAAGAAAUGCGUUUGCUACUCUUGAGCCGAUAACUCCUGAAAUUGUUGCUUGGGCUCACCCGAGUAAGGAGGCCUUGGAAGAAGAAGCACGAUUAAAGCACAUUAAGUUAAAUUGA